GUCUGCGCGACUGACGUAACUUCCAGGCGCCGGGUGGCACGUUGGCUGGGCUUUCGGCGCGUUUCCAGGGAGCAAAAAUGUCUAUGGCUAGUGAUUUCUACCUACGCUACUACGUAGGGCACAAGGGAAAGUUCGGACACGAGUUUCUGGAGUUCGAGUUUCGGCCGGACGGAAAGCUUAGAUAUGCCAACAAUAGCAAUUACAAAAAUGAUGUCAUGAUCAGAAAAGAGGCAUAUGUCCACAAGAGCGUAAUGGAAGAGCUGAAGAGAAUAAUUGAUGACAGUGAAAUUACAAAAGAAGACGAUGCCUUGUGGCCACCCCCUGACAGAGUUGGCCGGCAGGAGCUUGAAAUUGUAAUUGGAGAUGAACAUAUUUCUUUUACCACAUCAAAGAUAGGCUCCCUUAUUGAUGUAAAUCAGUCAAAGGAUCCUGAAGGCCUUCGAGUAUUUUACUAUUUGGUACAAGACUUGAAAUGUUUAGUUUUCAGUCUCAUUGGAUUACACUUCAAGAUUAAACCAAUUUAAAUUGUAUAUUUGUGAAGCUCUUUGUAUAUUUGAGGGGAGGGGGAGGAAGGGUUUUUCAUUUAUA